GUCCGGCUUUAGUUUUUUGCUCGGUUUAGGAAAGAGCUGAAGUUGUCUGGAUAAAAAUGAUAUGAUAAAAAUAAGCUUAGCCUGAUUGUCACAGAUUUCUGGCGUCUUGCGGGCCUUUUGAGGCCCAAGAAAAGUAUGCAUCGUGGGGAUAAAGACUUGCAGACAGCUGCACGCAAAAUGGGUACAUCCUUACUGUUUCAGCUGUCUGCCUAUGAACGGGACCUAGAUUUAGUAUUUCUGGACCACAGCUAUGCAAAACCAUGGAACGCUCACCCAGAUGCCAGCAGUGCUCGGCCUACAAGGACGCUGUUCGUGACUCCUCGUCGUCAACCUGAACCCUCAUCAGACUCCGAAUCUCUAAUAGAUGUGGAAACGGUCAUGCCGUCACCUGUUCUUCUAUACGACAACCAGAAGGCUCUUAGUGUGAUGAAGGAAUGUGAACGACAUGUCCUGUUUGCUCGAACUGCUGCCGAGAGCCCCCCACCCCCUGAGGACUGGGAGGAACAUCUAAACAAGACGGGAUGGUCAGUGGUGCAGAACAAACUGUUCAACAAAGUCCUUAAAGCUCUUCAAGCUGAAAGACUUGCACGUCUGGCCAAUGAAAAUGCAUGCAACGAACCAAUUUUGCGACGAAUAGCUGUGGACAAGUGUGCCAAGAAGGUACGACACGCACUCGCCAGCGUGAACUGGGAUUCUAAACUGACCCAGUGGUUACACACAACUCUGAUUGAAUCUUUAAGCCUCACCAUGCUUGCUGCAUACCUGGAUGUGCUGCAGACUCUCAAAAGCAAGCUGCCCUCGCUGAUCGAGAGAAUGCUGCUGCCGUCUGCAAAGACUGGAGCUCCCAGUGCAGAGGCUUUGUCACUGCUUCUGAAACGCCCUUGGGAUCCAGCUGUCGGAGUCCUGUCACAAAACAAACCGAACAAACUUCCCGGAUCCCCUCUCAUCCUUAUUGCACCAUCAAGCCCAACUAAUCCUGCCCUCUCCACCUCACGACGCAUGAGAUUUUGGCAGUCGCAGCUCUCCUGCUUUGGAAAGGUGAUCCCAGUGCACACUCAUGUGAACAGCGGAGCCAGUAUUGGAAUCACACAAUGUUUGGAGCACAUGUUGGGGACCGUCAGGGCCAAAGUCAUGGAGGUUCACAGUCACUUCCCACAUAAACCCAUCAUCCUGGUUGGCUGGAAUGCCGGUGCUCUUAUUGCUUGUCAUGUAUCCCUUAUGGAGUAUCUGACUGCUGUGGUGUGUCUUGGCUUCCCGCUGUUAACAGUCAAUGGGCCGAGAGGGGAUGUGGAUGACCCCCUGUUGGACAUGAAGACCCCCGUGCUGUUUGUGGUUGGACAGAAUGCUCUCCAGUGUACCACAGACGGCAUGGAGGAGUUCAGGGAGAGGCUGAGGGCAGAUAACAGCAUGGUGGUGGUGGGAGGAGCAGACGACAACCUCAGAAUCAAUUCAGCAAAGAUGAAAUCAGAAGGAUUAACGCAGUCAAUGGUGGAUCGCUGCAUUCAGGAUGAGAUAGCUGACUUCUUGUCAGGUGUCCUAACUCGGGCAGAGGGCCACAGUCAUGGUUCUGGAGAGAUGCGGGACUUGGACACAGAGAAGAAGAAAAGGCCUCGGCGAGAACUUCCCUUUGAUAUUGAGAGAGGACGACCUUCGUCCCCUGCGCUUAGAGUUCCCAUCUCUCCCUCUGGUUCAGAGGAUCUGUCGAGUGUCUGCAGCAGCCCCACAUCAAGCCCCAAACCCAAGACCUCUGGUCUGUCGCCAGCACAAAAGUCCAGUCUGAUCACAGCUACGCAGCUCCUCAAGACUCACAUGCAACGCUCGGGCACCGUUCUCACUCACAAGCAGGCUCAAGCUCAGUUUGCUGCUUUUAUGAAACAAAACAUGCUUGUGAGGAAAAAUCUUCCUCCUGGCACCCCUCCUUGUAUUUUUGUACCAGUCAGCGGGGAUCAGAUGGAAGGCCUGGACAGAGAUGAGGUGCGCUCUCAUGGCAAAAGGAGACAGACGCCCAGUCCCACACCGAGCAAAGUCUCCAAGAAGGCAAAGAUUAAAGUCACCAUUGUUUCCCAGAGUGAGACAGCAGGAAGCACCGUCAGCCCUGCCGAGUGCUCAAAACCUGUGGGUGUCUCUGGUAAGCCAUUCUCUAUGGCAAUGGGACAAACUGUGGCUGGUGCCAAGGAACUUUCUGGGCUCCUGACAGGACAGCGGUCUGGUAGUCUCUCAGAGGUGUCUGGUGCCCUGUCCCCAGGCUCCAGCUCAUUCAGCAGCGUGCAGCCUUGCAUGGUGUCGGUGUCCUCCACACCAGUCCAGGUGCAAGCUCCAGCUACUUCCCAAGCACCUUCUGCAAGCAGUCUUCUGCAAGGCCUAAGUUUCAGUCUUCAGGAGAUCGUUACCAAAGCUCCUAACUCACCUUCUACAGCAACAAAUGCAGGCAGCACCCAGGCGGUUUGUGGUAAGUCUCAGGAUCCGGUCCUGAGCUCGGUCGGCACCAGCGGCAGUACUCUGCUCCGGGCUGUGCCUGUGGUCACCGCAGGAGGAGUCGCCAAAACCACAACCAUCCAUCAGCUGCUCGCCAACGGAGGGCUGGCCAAACUGGCCAGCAGCUUGCCCGGCUUGGCUCACAUCACUAAUCAGACUGCUGGGGGACAGAAAGCACCGGCUUCUAUAACGGUGACUCUUCGAGGAGCGCAGCCGAGUCGAGCAUCGUCUCUCAGCCCAGCUGGGGAAAAUGUAACGGCGGCUCGUACACUUGAGCCCAAGCAGUAAAAAUCCUGCCUCACUGUGGAGAUGCAGGAUGGGAAGUGUAAGAUGGUGCUGAGUCGGUGACAUCAUGGAGCGACGGCCUGCUGAGGACACCCGGCUCUCCCUGCAGUGAUGGACACAUGAAG